UGGCAGGGGUGGGUCUUUUCACUUGGUCCAUCACCUGAGUCCGGGGAAAAUGUUGCAAUUAUUUCGCAGCGUCGUUGCUGUCAAUCAAAGAGAGGGAAGGGAGCCUCAGAGCUGAGAAGAAGCUCUAUGGCGGCGGUGGCUGGGCGAGAUUCACUGCACUUCCAGUACACCUAAUGCAACUUUUCCCCAACUUCACCGCGUUGCUCAACCCAGUCUGCGCUUCGAUUCAGUGCAAACUCCCAGCAGAGGUGCCCCUUCAAGCAGGGCUGCGGAGAAACCCCGGUCGCUUUUUAUUUUACCCUCUUUUUUUUUGCUCUGUGUGUGUGUGUGUGUGUGUGUUUGUAGAGAGAGAAAAAAAAAUUCUUUUUUUCCGGCAAGCGGACCGAUCCCAGAUGUCGUUGUUUUUGAGCUUUGCAGACAUGGCGCACCUCCAUUUUUGAACGACUUUUUUUUGUGUGUGUGUUUGUUUUUCUCUAUCUCCCUAACACGCGAGAAACGCCGAUCAAAAGAAGAAACAGGAUGAAAAAUCGCAGCUUUUAAGACUAAUUCUUAGGGUUUUUAAGAGCAGCGAAAGCAGCUUUCGAUUUAGCGAAGUUUAGGUCGACGGAGCAGUGACUGGAACUCGAACCUCGAGAUAUAUGGAACAGACCUUGUCGGAGGCCGACAAUGGUAUUGAGUGUUUGAACAAUGUCGAUGCUGCGUCAGGGCUUUGCAACUCGACCAGCCAGCAGCUGACUCCGGUGGACUGUCUGCCUUUCACCAACUUUGACAGGGGAAAUUUGCACUUAGGAACCCCACAUCCACGUGCACCCAAGAACAAAACCGAGCCCCGAACCUUCCCUGAUCCCAAAAUGAUGUCUAACGAGGAUAAAAACCCCGAAGACGACGGAUCAGACCGCAGCAAUGCUUCCAGCAACUCUGCUUCAGAAGAAUCCAACCACUCUGCCUCAGGAUCAGAAUCAGGCAGUCAGUCGGAAAGUGAGCAAGGAAGCGAAUCCAAUAAUAGCAGUUCGGAAUCAUCGGAAUCGCAAUCUGAAUCGGAAAGUGAAUCGGCAGUGUCCAAGCUGCAACAAGCUGCCACGGAGAACAAGGACAAGCCACUGAGUAAGAAGGAGAGGAUAGCGGAUGUUAAAAAGAUGUGGGAAGAAUAUCCAGAUGUUUAUGGGGUUAGGAGGUCAAACCGCAGCAGACAGGAACCGGCUCGACUUAACGCUGGACCUGGGAGCAGUGAAAACUCUGAGAAUGAGACUGUCGGGCGACGAGGAAGGAGGAGAGCUGCUAACUGGAAAAGUGCAGUAUCUGAGAAUGAAGAUGAGGAGGAGGAAAAAGAAGGUGAAGAUGAGGAGGAGGAGGAGGAGGAGGAAGAUGAAGAUGAGGAGGAGGAAGAAGUAGCUAGCAGCGCUGAAAGUGAGCCUGAAAGAAAAGUCCGAGCCCGUCGACCAGUUACCAGAAGACCGCCAGCCAGGACUCAAGGUAAAAGGCAAAAGACUCGGAGGGGAAAGAAAAGGAGAAGGGAUUCUUCUGACGAUGAUGACGAUGACGACACUCCCAAACGCCAGACCCGCAAAUGUGUAACUAAAAAUGUGAGUUAUAAAGAAGAUGAUGAUUUUGAGACUGAUUCAGAUGAUCUCAUCGAAGUUACAGGCGAACCAGCACGAGAGGAGAAUGAUGACAGUGAAACCAUUGAGAAAGUGAUUGACUCCCGGAUUUGGAAAAAAGGAGUCGUUGGAGCCCCAACCACCGUCUAUGCAGUAGAGGCUGACGGAAAUCCAGGGGCAGACUUUGAUCCGGAGAAGGAUGAGAAGGAAGUGCAAUAUCUCAUCAAGUGGAAAGGCUGGUCGUACAUCCAUAACACCUGGGAGAGUGAAGAGUCAUUGAGACAGCAGAAAGUGAAAGGAAUGAAGAAAUUAGAGAACUUUAUCAAAAAGGAGGAAGAAGUAAACCAGUGGCUGACCAAAGCAUCCCCAGAAGAUAUAGAGUACUACAACUGUCAGCAAGAAAUGGCUUUCGACCUCAAUAAGCAAUACCAGAUCGUAGAGAGGGUGAUUGCAAUGAAGACCAGUAAAUCUUCAUCAAGUCACUCUGAAUUCCCAUCACAUUCCAGCCAUAAAACAUCAUCCUCUGGCCAGCCAGACUACCUGUGUAAGUGGAUGGGUUUGCCAUAUGUGGACUGCAGCUGGGAGGAUGGAGCUCUUAUUUCCAGAAAAUUCCAGGCGUGCAUCGAUGCCUUCCAUAGCCGUCAUAAUUCCAAAACUAUUCCCUCAAAAGACUGCAAGGUCUUGAAACAGAGGCCUAGGUUUGUUACCAUGAAGAAGCAGCCUUCCUAUAUCGGCAGUGAGGGCUUGGAAUUGAGGGAUUACCAACUUGAGGGUCUGAACUGGCUCGUUCACUCCUGGUGCAAGUGUAACAGUGUGAUCCUGGCUGAUGAAAUGGGUUUGGGUAAGACAAUCCAGACUAUCUCAUUCCUCUCAAACCUAUUCAAUCAGCAUCAGCUCUAUGGUCCCUUCCUCUUGGUUGUACCUCUGUCCACUGUCACUUCCUGGCAGCGAGAAUUCGAAAUCUGGGAGCCCAACAUGAACGUGGUUGUUUACAUCGGUGAUGUCAUGAGCCGAAAUACGAUCCGAGAAUACGAUUGGUUACACCCUGAGACAAAGAGACUGAAGUUCAACGUAUUGAUAACGACAUAUGAAAUUUUGCUGAAGGAUAAGAAUGUUUUGGGGAGUAUAAACUGGGCAUUCCUGGGAGUGGACGAAGCUCAUCGAUUGAAGAAUGAUGACUCCCUCUUGUAUCGAACUUUGAUCGACUUCAGGUCCAACCAUCGGCUGCUGAUAACAGGGACACCGCUGCAGAACUCACUGAAAGAGCUCUGGUCGCUCCUACACUUCAUCAUGCCUGAAAAGUUUGAUUCCUGGGAGGACUUUGAAGAAGAACACGGGAAGGGAAGAGAAAAUGGUUUCCAGAGUCUACACAGGGUCUUGGAGCCCUUCUUGUUGCGCAGAGUUAAGAAAGAUGUUGAAAAAUCACUUCCUGCCAAAGUUGAACAGAUUCUGAGGGUGGAAAUGUCAGCCUCACAGAAGCAGUAUUAUAAGUGGAUAUUGACCCGAAAUUAUAAGGCGCUUACCAAGGGAACCAGGGGGUCUACUUCGAGCUUCCUCAACAUCAUGAUGGAGCUGAAGAAAUGCUGCAAUCACUGUUAUUUAGUUAAGCAGUGCGAGGAAAAUGAGAACCUGACCAGCCAGGAAGUGUUACAGAACCUGAUCAAGAGCAGUGGCAAGCUGAUUCUGCUGGAUAAGCUGAUGACCCGGCUUCGAGAGAGAGGAAACAGAGUGCUCAUCUUCUCUCAGAUGGUCCGAAUGUUGGAUAUCCUUGCUGAAUACUUGACCAUAAAACACUAUCCAUUCCAGCGUUUGGAUGGAUCUAUAAAAGGAGAGUUAAGGAAACAGGCUUUGGAUCACUUCAAUGCAGAAGGAUCUGAGGACUUCUGUUUCCUCCUUUCCACGAGAGCAGGGGGCCUUGGGAUUAACCUUGCCUCUGCGGACACUGUGAUCAUCUUUGACUCUGACUGGAAUCCUCAGAACGACUUGCAGGCGCAGGCUCGAGCUCAUAGGAUUGGCCAGAAGAAGCAGGUUAAUAUUUAUCGCCUGGUUACAAAAGGGACUGUGGAAGAGGACAUCAUUGAACGUGCCAAGAAGAAAAUGGUGCUAGAUCACCUCGUGAUCCAGAGAAUGGAUACUACAGGGCGGACAGUGUUAGACAACUCUGCUCGUCCCUCAACCUCAACGCCAUUCAACAAAGAAGAACUGACCGCAAUCUUAAAGUUUGGUGCUGAGGAGCUGUUCAAAGAGCCAGAGGGUGAGGAGUCUGAGCCACAGGAAAUGGACAUCGAAGAGAUCCUACGUCUCGCAGAAACAAGAGAAAAUGAACAAUCUGUGAGUCCAACAGAUGAGCUGCUGUCCCAGUUCAAGGUGGCGAACUUUAGCACAAUGGAGGAGAAUGAGCCCGAAGUGGAUGACAAGCAGGUUAAGGAAUGGGACGACAUCAUCCCGGAGGAGCAGUGGAAAAAGAUCGAAGAGGAGGCACGGCAGAAAGAGCUGGAAGAAAUUUAUAUGCUUCCAAGGAGUAGAAGUUCAACUAAAAAGGCUCAGGCAAAUGGCAGCGAUUCGGAUGCUGGAUCACGGCGAAGGCGGCAAAGGUCAUCUGGGUCAGAGAGUGAAACCGAGGAAAGUGAAGAUGAGGAUAAACGACCCAAGCGGAGAGGCCGUCCCCGGACAGUCCGCAGAGACAUGGUGGAUGGUUUCACAGAUGCUGAAAUCAGGAGGUUUAUCAAGAGUUAUAAAAAGUUUGGUGCUCCUCUUGAGAGACUUGAAGGUAUUGCUCGUGAUGCAGAGCUGGUUGACAAGUCUAUUGCAGAUCUCCAGCGACUGGGCGAGCUCAUACAUAAUGGCUGUGUGAUGGCUCUCAAGGAAUUUGAAGAACAGUUAAAAGAAAACCCUGGCCUGGAGGGAAAGGGCCCUGGGAAAAAGAGAGGACCAACAAUCAAGGUUUCUGGUGUCCAGGUCAAUGUUAAAUCGAUUCUCAUUCAUGAAGAUGAGUUUGAGGCUUUGCAUAAAGCCAUUCCUAUGGACCCUGAGGAAAGAAAAAAGUAUCGCUUACCCUGCCAUGCGAAGGCAGUGCAUUUCGACACAGAUUGGGGUGUGGAGGAGGAUUCCAAUUUGCUGAUAGGGAUCUAUGAGUGUGGUUAUAGCAACUGGGAGCAAAUAAAAAUGGACCCAGAUCUGCAGCUUACCAAUAAGAUUCUUCCAGAUGAUCCCGACCGCAAACCGCAAGCCAAGCAUCUCCAGUCGCGAGCUGAUUAUUUGAUUAAGCUUCUGAAGAAGGACAUGAUCAAGAAGGAUGCUUUGAAACAGGAAGAGGAGACGAAACCAAAGAAGAGGAAACCAAGAGUAAAGAAAGAGAAUAAGGCACCCAGGCUGAAGGAUGAAAGUGGCAAUGACAUCACAUCCCCUCGGCUUUCUGACAAUCCUUCUGAGGAGGAUGGAGAGCUGAAGGAUGGUGGCUUGGAUGGAGCUCCUGUGAAGAAAAAAUUGAAGAAGAAAGACAACAAGGAGAACAAGGAGAAAGGUGAUCUCAAGAAGGAGAAAGAUGGGCAGAAAGGGAAAAAGAAGACAAAGACUAAGAAGGACAAGAUGAAGUCUGAUGCCAAGGACAAGAUUCGGAAGUCUAUGUCCACAGGUCCAGUUCACAUUACAGCAGGAAAUGACCCAGUGCCAAUUGGAGAGGAGGGUGAGGAUGAGUUGGACCAGGAAACAUUCAGCAUUUGCAAGGAGCGAAUGCGGCCAGUUAAGAAAGCUCUCAAGCAGCUGGACAAGCCAGAAGAUGGGCUGUCUGAGAAGGAGCAGCUCCAACACACCCGCAGCUGCCUACUGAAGAUUGGUGACCGCAUCAGUGAGUGCCUUAAAGCAUACACUGACUCUGAGCAAGUCAAGAUCUGGAGAAGAAAUCUCUGGAUUUUUGUCUCCAAGUUCACUGAAUUUGAUGCCAGAAAGUUGCAUAAACUGUACAAGUUAGCACAGAAGAGGCGGUCCCAGGAAGAGGAAGAACAGAAGAAGAAGGAGAAUAAUUCAGAGAGUAAACGUCAAUUUAAACUGGAGCCUUCGGGAUCAAGUCGUGAUUCCAUGAAUUCUCAGUCUCAUGCGCAGCAUGGUCCUCCUGCUCCUCACCUGCUCCCACCCCAUCAUCAACAACAAAUGCAUGGUCAUCACCGGGAGCCCUACAACCAGCUCAACAAGCGGCCUUUCAACAAUGCAGAUCGGGGAGACCGACAGAGGGAUCGGAUGUACAACUACAACAAUAACCAGCAGUGGGGAUCUGAUCGGCAUCAUCCAUAUGACCAACACAGGUACAAGGACCAUCAUUUCGGGGACCGAAGGCCACGCGGAGAUCCCCACAGAAACUCUGGCAAUUACCGGCCAAACAACAUGCACCGCAAGAGACCAUACAACCAGUAUGGCAAUGAGCGAGACCACCGAGGUCACCGGGAUUACUAUGACAGGCGUCAUCAGGAUCUGAAACGACGCAGAUCAGAUGAGUUUCGACCUCAGGACCACCACAGCCUAGGGCACCAACCAGAUUUCCGGAGAUUGCCUGAUCACAGACCGCCCACGGCCUACCACAGCCAAGGACCUACUGAACACUAUAGACCGUUUCACCUUGAAAAACUGAUGGAGCACAAGGCACCCACGGGAGACCACCGUUCACCCCUCUCUCAGAAAUCGCCACAUGAUUCGAAAUCCCCUCUUGAGCACAGGUCCCCUCUAGACCGCUCACUGGAACACAAGAAUACUCCUGACUAUAACUGGAAUGUAAGAAAAACGUAGAGUCUGUUCUGAGGGAAAUGGGAAAACUGCUCCACAGUUCUCCAGUUUAUGAAUUCAAAAAAGACAACACACUUUUCCCUAUUCUCACCACACAAACAAAUUGAACGACUGCUGUGAUAUCAAUUGCACAAAGAAUGUGAAACAAUUAUGGAGAAUGAGGAGAGAUUUCUGCUGCUUGGACAAGAAUGCUCGCAAUUUGGUCCUUUCUUUAUAAAAAGACAGCAUCGGCAUGGAUAUCCGAUCUGUGCAAUCAUGCUCAAUCAGGAAACCUUGUUGGUCAGGAAGGGAGGGGAUACGUUUGGGCUUCUGGGGAAAUGAUAGCUGCUGCAUUGUAGGCAGUGAUUCUAACCAUGUGGUAAAGGACAGUCCAAGGAGGAUGUCAGCAGAGAGUGCAAUUCACAAAAGAUGUCAUAUCUCCUGUCAGCUUUGUCUGUUCAUGGUCUCUGCCAAAAUAUUUCUAUGUUUUAUCCUAAAUGUACGUGAUGAAUACUCUCUCUGUGCUGAGUAGUGUUGGGCAGGUCAAUACUUUUUUCUAAGUAGUGUUCCAAAAUCAGCAGUGGAACCAACUUGCGUUUCCACUCGCUAGCUAAUAUAUAGAGAGCGGUACCAGUGUUGAGGCAGAGAUGGGGGUGGCUGUACGUGUUACCCUGUCUUCCAGCACUACCGUUUUACAUGCCCAAGAAAUACCAAAAAAAGGGAAACGGGAUGGUUUGAAAUACUUCCGUAGAUGCAGGUUUAGUGUCUCGUUAGGAGAGAAGGGAGGGCAACGCAGGGCAGGUGGGGGGAUUAGCACUUUGUGUUAAGUACGUCUGCGCCUUUCUGGAAUCUGUCUCUAGAAUGUAGUGUUGGCAUUUUACAGCAGAAGUAUUAGAACUUUACAAACUGAAGAAUCGCUAAAGAAAAUAUCAGUAUCUUGGUUCUAAUGGCCAGUCUUCACAAUCCAUAAUCUAGAAGCUUUGUGUUGUACUCGGUCACAAUGUAAGCACCUUGUUCUGUUUGUUUCCCCUCACCCUGCCUGCCCUGUCAUUCCUUCUGCCUUGAUUAUUGUGGAUUGGUCAAUCCUCACAAGUAAAAUAACCUAUUUUUUUAUGACUUUGUUCCAACCUGUGUUUGAUGGGGUGGGGGUAUAACUGUAUCUUUAAAAAAAAAAUGUGGAGAAAGGAGGAGUAGUUGAGCAGAGUGAUAAGAUUGGCUCUGUUUAGUUGGUGAUUGGAGGAUAAGUCUCCACGUGAUGAGCUGUGCCAUUGGAUGUCAAGAUGGCUCAUCAUCAGUGUUUAAGCUUAGGUUGUUGAAUGCAGGGAUGACUGCAGGAUAUCCUGAAGUGAUGUCCUUUUCAGUGUUUCAAGUCAUGGAGAAUAUGGCACUUUGUCUCUUUACACACCUUACGCGCACUCACACUGCCCCCUGCCCCACCUGGCUCAAACCAACACACUCUCCCAUUAUCUUGGAUGAGGCAUUUCUGAUUAACAGAUGAAUCCAACUGAAUGUUUUCACGUUUAACAAAUAAAAUCCUUUCUGAUGGUUCCUCAGGUCCUUGCUUUUUCAAAAAUGAUUUUAACUGAUUAAAUGAUUUUGAAUUGGUAUUUAUUAAGUCACUCAUGCUUUGAUUCACAGAACAAGCUCAGGAAUCUUCCUACUGUGCACACGUUUCAGCUGCAUGUGGAAAUGGUUAGUGUGGCCCAUGUUCCUUUGUCUUUCUUCCACUGCAGCAGCAUUUAAGAAACCAAAUAACAGGAACAAGUUACACCUCAGUCAUCAAAGAUUAAAUAAGAUGUGCAGAGUUUGUUAUAAUCCCCAAAUCACACUGCAAACAAUAAAAUGCCUCUGCACAUAUGAUUUGAAUUAAGUUAUAAUUAAAAAUUCCCAUGGAAUUUAAUUUCUUAAACUGUAAUCAGACAGGUUUAACGGCUAGUGUAUGCCAAAAUUCCAGCUGGCCAUUCAGCAGUUUCUUGGCCCUGAGGAAAAACUGCUGUGUUGAACACGGUGACAAGUGUCACAGUUGCUGCUUGUUCCCAGAGGGAAAGGGCCAGUUUUCAGGAGAGUAGGAACCCUGCAUCAGCCUUCACUACAGUGCGCUCACACCUCGUGUGAACACAACCAGUAUUCACGUGAUCCUUUAAUGUAGAUUGCCCUGGUUGACAGUGUAAGGGACAACUUGUUUGGACAAUCUGACAGGAGUUGAGCAACAGCUGUUCAAGAUCAUAGAAUCCCUACAGUGUGGAAGCAGGCCUUUCGGACCAUCGAGUCCACACUGACCCUCUGAAGAGCAUCCCACCGAGCCCCAGCGUCGUUCCCCCCCCCCCGCCAACCACCACCACCACAACUCUGUAACCAUGUAUUCCCAUGGCCAGUCCACCUAACUUGCACAUCUUUGGACUGUGGGAAGAAACUGGAGCACCCAGAGGAAACCCAUGCAGACACAGGGAGAAUGUGCAAACUGCACACAGUCGCCCGAGGGUGGAAUCUAACUUGGGUCCCUGGCGCUGUGAGGCAGCAGUGCUAACCACCUGGGCCACCAUUUUCUCAAGUAUGGUUAAGGAUGGGAAAUUCUCACCAGCAACAUCCACAUUCCAUAGACAAAUAUAAAGAAAACCAUUCACAGUUCUUUUGUGAUAUGGGCCUCUCUGUCUGCUAUACUGAAUCAGAAACAUAUUGAUUUCAUAGGCCAGUAGUUGUCUCCUGCUUGGUUUAAUUAUUUAUUGGGCAUUUUCCAAAAUUAAGUAAAAUGCCUACAUUGGGAGACAGGCAGGCUGAAAGAAUUUUCACCCCCUUCUGAAUGGUGCGUUUAUAGAAUCCUUAUCUGCUCCUAGGCCUCUGCAACCUGUCACUUCAACUCAAGUUGUUUUGUCUUUCCAUUCUCAACAAUUCUGCCCAGACAACAAAUGAGUGGAAAACACUGCUCUCACACUGACACCCACCUGCCCAACUCUGUUUAUUUAUCUCAACAACCAGUUGGCAGAUGUUCUAACACCAUGUCCAUUCAACAUUUCAGUGAAGGCAUGUAACUGAUUUAAUUACAAUUCUGCCACUUUGCUGCAUCACACCAAAUAGUAAAACGUGUGCUUAAAGGCCACUGCCAGUUACCAGUUUACUACUGAAGGCAUGUGUCCCUAGUAACACUUCAUUUGAGGACCAUUCUCUGCUCUGAAACAUGCAAACCAAGUGCAUCAGGGCAUGGGGUCUACUGUUCCAAACCACUUCGUCUUGAGCCCCAGAUUUUGUGCGCGCCAUUCUGGUUUUGGGGUCUUUUUCACAGGAACAGAAGAUUUCAAACGGAAAACUAGUGAUUGGGGGUGGGGGGAGUUCACAGUAGGGGUGUCACUAGUUCCUUUAACUGGACCCUUUCACUUACAGGAUUAACUGUAAUGCUCUCUCCCAGUGUAAUUAUUGAGAAUAAGAUGACAGAACAAUACCACAUCCCAUCUCUGACCAUACUCCACCAAGUCGUUAGUCCAGAGAUAUGGGACAACACAAGUGCUGCUGUUGUCAAGGGCCAAUGUUAGCUCAAAAUGGAGAAGAUUUGAGAGAGUCAAGAUUCUGAAUCUUGGUAGAUUUUCAUAAAAGAAGAAUGAGAGUUGGGAAGUGUGUUACCUGUUGGCUUAGUUUAUAUUUACCUGCAAUCAUGUUGAUCUCUGCCUUUAUUUUUCAAUGAAAGAAUUAUAAUCAAGUUGAGAGUGGAAGAGGUUGAGCCGGUAGGACAUGAGGUUUACACUUAAGGCUGUGCAGUAACUGUGCAACAGAACUGUAGCUGAUGGCGUUGAGCAAGUAGGUGGGUAUGCGAUGAGCCUUUAGGUGGAAGAGGUGAAGGUGCCCUCAGUGGUCUGGUGCACAAAGAAAUGUAUGGAUCUCACUAUCAUCAGUCAAGGCAGCACAAAGAUCCCCUUGCUAUCUGGCUUGUUGUUAGAUCUUUUCUAUCACGGGAUUUGUAGCAGUGAACAGUGGGUACACUCUGACAAGUUUAGAAUAGCAGGAGAUGCUUCUGGAGAAAACUCAUCAGUGAUGAGGAAAACUUGGUGGCACACCUCAGCUGAAACUUGUUUUCCUUCUCAUGGUGCUAUCCCCGUGGAGUUGAUGAAAACUGUACAGCAUUUUGGUAUAACAUACACGCGCGCCCACAGAAGUGCAAUAACUUGGAUUAAUUUUUAUUGCUGAAAAGUUCUGAGACAUUCUGUAGGGCAGACUUCCGUCGUGUGUGUCUAACCUCCUGCCCUGGAGAUCUUCCACGUGUGUAACACACUGCUGCCACCCUUCCAAUGUUUCCUCCGUGCAUCAGAUACAACAUGAAGCUAGAGCAAGAACAUGUUUCCCAAUUUUAAUUUUUUAAAAAUCUUUUAAUAUAUCUCCUGCCUCAAAUUCUAAAGACUGCAAGAAUGAAGGAGAUGUUAAAGUGAUGGAAGAAGACAAAAGAAAGUAGCUGCCAAAAUAGUCCCACUAACGUUUUGUUUUGCUAAAAGGGUUGGUACAGAGUUUCUGUAAAACUUAUGUGGACUUUUUAAAAUGACUUUAAGAAAAAGUAAAUAUUAAUUUAUAUUUGUGAAAAGGCCACUGUUAGUGCAUUUUGGUGUAAAUACUUUGUUUAUAGUACGUAUUAAAUUUUCCUACACCUUAA